AUGGAGGGAGGAGGGAGCAGCUGGGCGAGCAUGGAGGGCUAUCUGAACGAGUACUUCCACAUCCCGGCCAAGAACCCGCCGAGCGACGCCCGCCUCCGGUGGCGCCGCGCCGUGGGGCUCGUCGUCCGCAACCGCCGCCGCCGCUUCCGCGAGUUCUCCGCCCUCGGCGCCAUCGACGACGCCCAGCGCCGCAGGAUCCUGGGAAAAGUCCAGGUUGUGAUUAAUGUGCACAGGGCAGCAUUGCACUUUAUCAAUGGCGUAAAACAAUACCACUUAACACAUGAGCUUGCUGAGGAAGGAUUUUCUAUCAGCCCGGAUGAACUGGCAGAAAUUACUGGCAUGCGCGAAGAUUCGACAAUCUUGAAGCUGCAUGGUGGAACCAGCGGAAUAUCUAGGAAAAUCAAAGCCUCUCUGCAAGAUGGUGUCAAUGAAAUUGAAAUAACAACCAGACAGAAACUGUAUGGUACUAACAUGCACGCCGAGAAGCCCGCUAGAAGCUUCUGGAUGUUUGUGUGGGAUGCACUACAUGACCUGACUCUGAAUAUUCUCAUAGUGUGUGCUCUGGUUUCUCUGGUUGUUGGCCUAGCCACCGAGGGGUGGCCGAAGGGUAUAUAUGAUGGUCUUGGCAUAAUACUCAGCAUUUUGUUGGUGGUACUAGUUACUGCCUCCAGUGAUUACAAGCAGUCAAGGAAGUUUAUGGAGCUGGACCGUGAGAAGCAGAAAAUAUAUGUCCUUGUUACUAGAGAUAAGAAAACCAAGAAGGUUUUGAUUCAAGACUUGGUCGUCGGCGACAUCUUGCAUCUUUCGAUUGGUGAUGUGGUUCCUGCAGAUGGCUUGUUUAUAUCUGGCUACUGUCUACUGGUAGAUGAAUCUAGCUUGUCAGGUGAGAGUGAGCCAAUUCAAGUUUCUGAAGAAAAGCCUUUUCUCCAUGGUGGGAGUAAGGUGGUUGAUGGGACGGCUAAGAUGCUUGUCACUGCCGUCGGUUCACGUACCGAGUGGGGGAAAAUCAUGGGCACUCUUAGUGACAAUGGAGUGGAUGAGACUCCUUUGCAAGUUAAGCUCAAUGGUGUGGCUACGAUCAUUGGACAGAUUGGACUUGUGUUUGCUAUUCUCACAUUUGUAGUACUUCUAGCAAGGUUCUUGGUUAACAAGGGAAUGGAUGUCGGUUUGAUGAAUUGGUCGGCAAACGAUGCAUUGACGAUAGUCAACUACUUCGCUAUUGCCGUGACCAUCAUCGUAGUCGCAGUCCCUGAAGGUCUACCGUUGGCUGUGACCCUUAGUCUUGCAUUUGCCAUGAAGAAGUUGAUGAAUGACAAAGCACUAGUCAGGCAUCUCGCGGCGUGUGAAACGAUGGGUUCAGUCAGCUGUAUUUGCACUGAUAAGACAGGAACUUUGACAACCAACCACAUGAUUGUCGAUAUGGUUUGGAUCGGCAAUAUAUCCAAGUCAGUUAAUGGUGAUUCAAAAAUCACCGAGCUAAAAUCUGUAAUUUCAGAAAGAUCUAUGGCAAUACUUAUACAAGGCAUAUUCGUGAACACCGGAUCUGAGGUGGUGAAGGGAGAUGAUGGCAAAAGGACCAUCUUGGGCACACCAACUGAAGCAGCAUUGUUGGAGUUUGGCUUGACCGUAGAAGGAGAUCGAUAUACUGAAUACAAUAAGAUUCGAAGAGUAAGAGUAGAGCCUUUCAAUUCAGUCAAGAAAAAGAUGUCAGUGAUAAUACACUUACCAAAUGGAGGCUUCCGAUCCUUCUGUAAAGGUGCACCAGAAAUUAUUCUAGAACACUGUGAUACCAUGCUGAACGGUGAAGGGGAUAUAGUACCACUGUCAGAUAUGCAGAAGCAAAAUGUCUUGAACAUAAUCAAUUCAUUUGCUUCUGAGGCGUUGAGAACACUUUGCAUUGCAUUUCAGGAUCUUAAUGAAUUUUCUGACGAGCAAACUAUACCAGAAAAUGGAUACACGCUAAUAGCGCUUUUUGGUAUCAAGGACCCAGUUCGUCCGGGUGUCAGGGAUGCAGUAAUGACCUGCAUGGCUGCUGGUAUUACGGUAAGGAUGGUUACCGGAGACAACAUCAACACUGCAAAAGCCGUUGCCAAGGAAUGUGGGAUAUUAACCGAGGAUGGCAUAGCGAUAGAAGGACGAGAGCUUCACAAUAAGAGCGAGGAUGAACUGAGGGAGCUCCUCCCUAAAAUUCAGGUAAUGGCCCGUUCGUUGCCUAUGGACAAGUUCAAAUUGGUAACAAGCCUGAAAAGCAUGUAUCAAGAGGUAGUUGCAGUUACUGGUGAUGGAACCAAUGAUGCCCCGGCAUUGUGUGAGUCAGAUAUUGGACUGGCAAUGGGUAUUGCUGGCACUGAGGUCGCAAAAGAGAACGCUGAUGUCAUAAUAAUGGAUGACAAUUUCAAAACUAUCGUAAAUGUUGCUAGAUGGGGGCGUGCAGUUUACGUGAACAUCCAAAAGUUUGUGCAGUUCCAGCUUACAGUUAAUAUAGUGGCUCUGAUAGUGAAUUUUGUCUCGGCGUGUGUCAUAGGGACUGCACCUCUUACUGCUGUCCAGUUGCUAUGGGUUAACAUGAUCAUGGAUACAUUGGGAGCGUUGGCCUUAGCAACAGAACCGCCAAAUGAUGAGAUGAUGAAGCGGUCGCCUGUAAGGCGCGGAGAUAGUUUUAUCACUAAGGUUAUGUGGAGAAAUAUUCUUGGCCAGGCUUUGUAUCAGCUCCUUGUAUUGGGCACCCUCAUGAUAGUUGGAAAGAGACUCCUUGAUAUUGAAGGUCCAACUGCCGAUAAAACGAUCAAUACUCUCAUAUUCAACUCUUUCGUCUUUUGCCAGGUUUUCAACGAAAUAAACAGCAGGGAAAUGGACAAGAUCAACGUCUUCCGAGGGAUAUUCAGAAAUUGGAUCUUUGUCGGCAUACUGACAGCUACAGUAAUAUUCCAAGUGAUCAUAGUGGAACUUCUUGGAACUUUCGCAAACACCGUGCCGUUGAGUUUGGAACUAUGGUCGCUCAGCGUCGUUCUUGGCUCAGUUAGUAUGAUUGUCUCCGUGAUCCUCAAGUGCAUUCCAGUUGAAUCUGGGAAGAGAUUUACCAAGCCGCACGGGUAUGAGCUGAUCCCUGAAGGCCCGGAAGCUCUCUAG